AUGUCUCCGCGUAAUUCCUCCAAACUCACCAGCUACCUGACUUCAGGCAAGAUCAAUGCCAACUGUUCGUUUCGCGAGAACACCGCCAGCGAGCAGGGGAGCUCCAGUACCAGCGGAAGAGUUACCUUGAGCUCGCCGCAUAGCCCAGCGGUCAAUAUUUCGUCAACUACGCGCGAGAGAGAUUCAGCAGGUCGCGCCACCAGUUAUUCCACACCAGGGAGCUCGUCCCAAACUGCCAUGCAACGCCACUCCCCCUCUCCCUCGCUCAGCCCGCUGAAACGGAAGCGCUCCGACUCUUUGCUGGAAGAAACACCUCUCCCUUUUUCUAAACGGCAGGCCAUGUCGCCCGAGUAUCAGCCACAGCCUUCAACACCCACUCUUCCCAAACUUUCCGGCAGGACUAUACGAGAAUCCGUGCACGUUGAAGACAGUAUGCCCGCUGUCGGCACCCCUCUGGAUGCGCGGGCGGGGGCUACUGAUGUUGGUGCAGAAGGACCGGGCACAUUCGGCAUGGAGCCUGACGCGUUCAAACCGCAGUAUCUUGGGGAGGAUCGAGACGCGUUUUUGGAGACGGGUCAUGACGCGUAUUCAAGCGUAUAUGAACGGAUGUACGAGGCGGCCUUGAACGCGCGUGGAGAGGUCUCUGCGGGUGCACAGAAUCUGGAGAUCGGGGACGGCGGUGGAACCGACGCUGAUGCAGAUGCAGACGCGGACGCGGACGCAGAUGCCGACACGGACGCGUUCGCAGACGGAGAUGCAGUGGUCGCGUACGCAGGUGCAAACGAGACUACGAAUCAAAUCCCAGGGACAAUCGCAGCUGUAAACACAGACACAGAUGCAGAUGCAGAUUACCUCCGCCGUUACCCUUCCCCCGUGGCGACAGAAAUCGUCGAAACAUACGAAGAGCCCACUUCCGAAGAACGCAUCGCCGCACUCAAGGAUCUCGGCAUCAAGGUCCAUGACUUUGCUUACGAGCCCGUCUCUAAGAAGCUGCGCGCCCCCGAAGUGUGGCGCAACCCUCUACACUCCCUCGCCAUCCAUGACACCUACAUCCGGGUCGCACCCGACCAGCGGCCAACCUACCAGCUACCGGGCAAGCUCCUCCGCCGCCUCCUUGACCUCAACUGGGUCACGCGAGAGGAGGCCAAUCGCUACUGGACGCUUGAGGAUUGGAAAAACCUGGAGCAGUACGACGCGCUCCCCAACGGUCCGUACCCGUAUCGCCUCGCUCCGCCUUCGCGCAAGCCGUCAAGCGCGUACCGCCGCUUCCUCCGCAAAAGCGUAUACCCUCCACAAGCUACAGAUCGCCCCGAAGAGGAAAUAUACGUGCCCCCAGACGAGCCUGACAUGGACGAGGGCCCAGGCAACGACGUCUUGGAAGCACACGAGGCCAAAAUGCAGGAACUUCACGAGGGGCCCACCCGGCCCAACUCACCCCGCCCGCCCAUCUCUGAUCAUGUCAACUGGGCGCCCAUGCCUGCAGAUCUGCCUCACAAGCCCGUCACGCCUCCAGACUUACCUAUCGAGCCUGUUACGCCUCCUGCCUCGCUACCACCACCGCCACCAUCUAAGGGUGGUCUUGCACGCCAUAAGACGAUGCGUAUCAUUCGCUGA